GGGGGAGGGGGGAGCGGCUUCGCUUCCAGCCCCGAGUGAGGCGGAGACCCGGGCGGGCGGGCGGAGCAGGCGGCACCGCACCUCGGCCAGAGGCGGCUGCAGCAGCUGCCCUCAUCCCUGCCGCCGCCAGUCCAGUCCCUUCUGUGUUACCACUCCAGCUGCUGGAAGCGCUCGAGAAAGAGGAGGCGAGAAACUCCCACCGACCCGCAGAGGGAGCAUGACUUCGGCAACUUCACCUAUCAUUUUAAAAUGGGACCCCAAAAGUUUGGAAAUCAGGACACUAACAGUGGAAAGACUGUUGGAGCCACUUGUUACACAGGUCACAACACUGGUCAACACAAGCAACAAAGGCCCAUCUGGUAAAAAGAAAGGGAGGUCAAAGAAAGCCCAUGUACUGGCUGCAUCUGUGGAGCAAGCCACUCAGAACUUCCUGGAAAAGGGCGAACAGAUCGCGAAGGAGAGUCAAGAUCUCAAAGAAGAGCUGGUGGCUGCUGUCGAGGAUGUGCGCAAACAAGGUGAGACCAUGCGGAUUGCCUCCUCCGAGUUUGCUGAUGAUCCAUGCUCGUCAGUGAAACGUGGCACCAUGGUGCGGGCAGCAAGGGCACUGCUAUCGGCUGUAACACGCUUACUCAUCCUGGCGGACAUGGCAGAUGUCAUGAGACUUUUAUCUCAUCUGAAAAUUGUGGAGGAGGCCCUGGAAGCUGUCAAAAAUGCUACAAAUGAACAAGACCUUGCAAACCGCUUUAAAGAGUUUGGAAAAGAGAUGGUGAAACUUAACUAUGUAGCAGCAAGAAGACAACAGGAGCUGAAGGAUCCUCACUGUAGGGAUGAAAUGGCAGCUGCCCGAGGGGCUCUGAAGAAAAAUGCCACAAUGCUGUACACAGCCUCCCAAGCCUUUCUCCGCCACCCAGAUGUUGCUGCUACAAGAGCCAAUCGUGAUUAUGUGUUCAAACAAGUCCAGGAGGCUAUUGCUGGAAUCUCCAAUGCUGCCCAAGCUACCUCGCCCACCGAUGAAGCUAAAGGACACACGGGCAUCGGCGAGCUGGCUGCGGCCCUGAAUGAGUUUGAUAAUAAGAUCAUCCUGGACCCCAUGACGUUCAGCGAGGCCCGGUUCCGGCCUUCGCUGGAGGAGCGGCUGGAGAGCAUCAUCAGCGGCGCGGCGCUCAUGGCCGACUCCUCCUGCACGCGUGACGACCGGCGCGAGCGCAUCGUGGCCGAGUGCAACGCCGUGCGGCAGGCGCUGCAGGACCUGCUCAGCGAGUACAUGAAUAAUACUGGCAGGAAAGAAAAAGGAGAUCCUCUAAACAUUGCAAUUGACAAAAUGACCAAGAAAACAAGAGAUCUCAGGAGACAGCUUCGGAAAGCAGUGAUGGAUCACAUAUCUGAUUCUUUCUUGGAAACCAACGUCCCUUUGCUAGUUCUCAUUGAGGCUGCUAAGAGUGGGAAUGAAAAGGAAGUGAAAGAAUAUGCCCAGGUUUUCCGUGAACAUGCCAACAAGCUGGUGGAGGUUGCCAAUUUAGCCUGUUCCAUAUCCAACAAUGAGGAAGGGGUGAAAUUAGUCCGGAUGGCAGCCACCCAGAUCGACAGCCUGUGUCCCCAGGUCAUCAAUGCUGCUCUCACACUGGCUGCCCGACCGCAGAGCAAAGUUGCUCAGGAUAACAUGGACGUCUUCAAAGAUCAGUGGGAGAAGCAGGUCCGAGUGCUGACAGAGGCGGUGGAUGACAUCACCUCAGUGGAUGACUUCCUCUCUGUCUCAGAAAAUCACAUUUUGGAGGAUGUGAACAAAUGUGUGAUAGCCCUCCAAGAAGGGGAUGUGGAUACCCUAGACCGGACUGCAGGAGCCAUCAGGGGCCGGGCAGCUCGGGUAAUACACAUCAUCAAUGCUGAAAUGGAGAACUAUGAAGCUGGGGUUUAUACUGAAAAAGUGCUGGAAGCUACAAAAUUGCUUUCCGAGACAGUGAUGCCACGGUUUGCUGAACAAGUCGAGGUUGCCAUUGAAGCCCUGAGUGCCAAUGUCCCUCAACCCUUUGAAGAAAAUGAGUUCAUUGAUGCCUCUCGCCUGGUGUAUGAUGGUGUUCGGGACAUCAGAAAGGCUGUGCUGAUGAUCAGGACCCCAGAAGAACUAGAAGAUGAUUCUGACUUUGAGCAGGAAGAUUAUGAUGUGCGUAGCCGGACAAGUGUUCAGACAGAGGAUGACCAGCUCAUUGCAGGCCAGAGUGCACGGGCCAUCAUGGCACAACUACCGCAGGAGGAAAAAGCAAAAAUAGCCGAACAGGUGGAGAUAUUCCACCAAGAAAAAAGCAAGCUGGAUGCCGAAGUGGCCAAGUGGGAUGACAGCGGCAAUGAUAUCAUUGUACUGGCCAAGCAGAUGUGUAUGAUCAUGAUGGAAAUGACAGACUUCACAAGAGGCAAAGGCCCAUUGAAAAAUACAUCUGAUGUCAUUAACGCUGCCAAGAAGAUUGCUGAAGCAGGUUCUAGAAUGGACAAAUUGGCCCGUGCUGUAGCUGAUCAGUGUCCUGAUUCAGCAUGUAAACAGGAUUUAUUAGCCUACCUUCAACGAAUUGCCUUGUAUUGCCAUCAGCUUAAUAUCUGCAGCAAGGUGAAGGCAGAAGUACAGAAUCUGGGAGGAGAGCUCAUUGUGUCAGGGACAGGAGUUCAGAGCACUUUCACUACCUUUUAUGAGGUAGAUUGUGAUGUCAUAGAUGGGGGCAGGGCUAGUCAACUUUCUACCCACCUCCCAACCUGUGCUGAGGGAGCUCCGAUCGGGAGUGGAAGCAGUGAUUCCUCCAUGCUGGACAGUGCUACAUCGCUUAUCCAGGCAGCUAAAAACCUGAUGAAUGCUGUUGUACUUACGGUGAAAGCAUCCUAUGUGGCCUCAACCAAAUACCAGAAGGUCUAUGGGACAGCAGCUGUCAACUCCCCAGUUGUGUCUUGGAAGAUGAAGGCUCCAGAGAAGAAGCCCCUUGUGAAGAGAGAAAAGCCUGAAGAAUUCCAGACACGAGUUAGACGAGGUUCUCAAAAGAAACACAUUUCGCCUGUGCAGGCCUUAAGUGAAUUCAAAGCAAUGGAUUCCUUCUAAGACGAUAGGCUGUAACAAGAGAGCUUUUCUUUGUUUUCUUUCUUUUCCUUUCUUUACAUUUUACUUCCAUUUUUGUAUGCAUACCUGCCGACUUGUAUGCCUCUGGCAUGGGGACAUUAAAGGAGCUGUGUCUGUUUGCACACAGGAUGAGGUGUGGUCAGUCCUACUGAUCCAUCUGCAGCCUGAAGAGGGGACAGAGGAUUUCUGUCCAGAGGUGCCACAGACCUGUCCUCUGCAACAUUCUUUUAAAGUUGGGCAAAGAGUUCGCAUUGCAAUGUUUACGGGAGUGGGAGGGAUGGGGAAAUAAAGUUAACUCUACAAAAGCAAACUCUAAUGCAUGCAAGAAUCAUUAGGUUGGCAGGUAUAUUUAUAAGUGGAAAACCUGGAAGUGUUAUGGUAGAACAUAAAACUUGUAUUGCUUCUGUUUCAGUGCAAAAAUGUACUAGCCAAUACGCUUACGUGUGUGGCCCACAAAUUGAACAAUUUAACUUUGAGGUCAUAUCCAUGAUAUUAUGUGAAUUUUUAACUGAGGAGAAACUAGCUAGUCCAGCCUAAAAUGCUUCUAAUUUUCAUUCUGUUCUUUCUCUUCUGAUAGUGCCAUUACUAGUGCUCAUAUUAUCAUUUUUCCCCUUUACUGAAAAUGAUCAACAUUUAUUUGAGAUGAUUCAAAUCCUUCUGGGGGCACUGGAAGCACAAUAAGGCAAUCAACUUUUCUUUCUUCCUUCCUUUCUUUCUUUCUUUCUUUCUUUCUUUCUUUCUUUCUUUCUUUCUUUCUCUUCUUUUCUUUUCCAUUUGAAUUAUGAUUUUGCUAGAAAUAGAAGGCCCAGUGGUGGAAUGUUAGAGGAAUGGAAAUUGACAAUGUGUGAAGGUUUAGAGGAAAAUACAUAGGUGUAGCUUGGAGUGCUGGUAUCUAAUAUACCAUUGUAUUCACUAACUUAAAAUAAACACAUUUAAUCUUGA